AUGUAAUUUGUUUAAAUUUUUCUAUUUUUAGCUUUUUUAGUAAAAUGUUCUAAAACAUUUUAAUUAAAUUCCAGAUAACAAGCACAGAUAGUUCCAGAAAGUUGUGAUCAAAAUAUUUCUGAAUAGUUAACCAAUCAGAAUAUUCCCUUUGACUGCAUAGAUGGCAUAUUAAAAGUAAAAAGUUCAGUUUAAUAAGUGAAUUUUUAGCUUAUCUUAUCUAACUAUACAGGCUAUAAUUCAUAUAUAGUUUUUUAAGAUAUCGCUUUGCUUAAUUUAGACAUAUAGUUGACUUAGUUUUCUUUAAUGUAGCUUUAAAAAUAACCUUUAAUAAUGAUUCAAAAUGUAAUUGAAGUCAAAAUUAGUAAUCUAACCAUAGAAUAACAAAUAUAUCUUGAGUAAUCUCAAGCUACUUAAAUGAUUCUAUGUGAAAAUAUUAACAGUUUGAUUAUAAAUAAUAUGAUUUUGAAAAAUAAUAGUUUUAAUUAUUUACUUUAAGAGUAAAAUUCAGAAAUUCAAUUCUAAUCUUAACAAAUUCAAUUAGAUAGCUUAUUAAUUGAUUCUUAUGACGGGGCAGUCUAAAUAAUUUCAGAAUAAUAACUAAUUAUAUAAGAAAUAAUAUCAAUCAAUAGCUUGUAAAAAGAUUAAAAUUUUACUUUUUUGGUUGAGUGUAACGACUGUUUAAUAGGAAGCAUUUUAGUUUAUAAGGAAAACCAAUUUGUAAUAGAUGUAAUAUCUACAUCUUUUAAUUUUUAAGUUUAACAGUAAUUAAUAAUAUAAAAUAUAACCCUAGUAACAGAUUAAAAUUGUCACUUAUGUAACUACCAGUGGUAAUUUAACAAUUAAACUAGUUAAGGUACACAAAUCCAAUCACAACAGUUUAUUUAAAUAAAUUACAUUUAUGUAACAUAAACAUUUUAAUCUUAAAAAUUAGAAAGUUUAGGCAGUAUUUUUAUUUAUGCUUCUGAUAUCAAUUCCUUUACAAUUAAAAAUGCCCUUUUUGAAAAUAUUACUUCUUCUAACUUAGCUAUCUCUUUUAACAAUAUACAUUAAGCUUAGUUCACAAAUAUUCAAGCUUUGAACAACACUCAUAUUGUGGAUUUUUUUACAAUUAUAAGGUCUAGCUAAGUCAAUUUUCAGAAUUUUUUCAUUGAUUUUAUUACUGCUAAUAGUACUAACUAAUUGAUAACUUUAAGUACUUUUACUCAAGCUUACUUUGAUAGCUUAAUGCUACCUAUAAAUCCUCAUUUAGGAGAAGAGAUAUAAAAAUUUAGAUCAGGAAACCCCCUUAUUACUGUUGUUGAUGGAUAAUUAGUUUAGUUUAAUAAUUCAUAAAUCAACUUAAAAAAUGUAGACUCUGCUUUUAUUAUAUUCAUUGAUAUAAAUUAAUUUAUUUCUAUAAAUACAACAUUUUAAAAUAUAUACUCUUAUAAAAAUUCUAAUGGUGGAUGCUUGAAUUUUGGCAAUACAAACAGUAUCACUCUAAAUCUUACGGAUACUAUCUUUGAUAAUUGCAUAAGUUCAUAAUUUGGAGGUGCAAUAUUUGGAGGUAUAUUAAUAAAAGCCAAAAAUGUUUUAGUUACUAAUUGUAGAAGUGAAGUAGGAGGUGGGUUUUUCCUGAGCAACAAAUCUGAUUUAUUAGAGUUAAAAAAUAUAGUUUUCAUUUUAAAUGAAGCAACAUUUUAUUCCGAUGACUAUCUUCUUGGAUUUAAAUCAAUAACAAUAGAUUCAAUUUAUGAAUACAAUUAAAACUUAGGUGGUACUGACUUUUAUUUUAUGCAAAUAAAUUAACAAUCAAAUAAUACUUAUAUGAUGUAUUCUGGUCUUAUUUAUGCUAUUUAUUUUAAAAUAUAAAUGAAUGACAAAGAUCAAAAACAACUGGACAUUCCUGUAAACCUUUAUAUGUUUUGCUAAUUGGACAGUAACCUACAGUAAAACUUUUAACAGUUUUAAAUUCCUAUAAUGAAUAAUCUCCCAUACAUGGUUUUGUACUAAAACCCUGCUAAUUUUUUAACUGAUUAAAAGAUAGUUUUAAAAUUCGCAGAUUCAUUUACUAUUGAUUAAACUUUUACCAUUCCAAAUGGGUUUUGUACUGAAGGAAUGGAGUUAAUCUAGUUAGUCAGUAAUCAAUAUAUGUGUAAAUAUUGUGAUUAAUAAAAAGCUAACUAUGACUUUACUUUUAUUUUAGAUACAGAUCAAAAGUAAAGCUAAUAACAUGAAAUUCAUGCUCUCAAUAUGAAGAAUGAGAAAAAUAUUAAUUCUAAAAAUGUAUUAAACACAGAUGCUAGGAAUUAAAUCAAUAAAAUUGAUUAUCCUUAAUAUAAUUCAAAUUAUCCUUAUUAAAAUCAAAAUUAAUAAUUAAUUCCUUUUUAAAAACUAUAAAUAUCACAAUGUUAAACUUGCAAUCCAAAUUUUUUUGAAUCAUGCUAUGCAAAUUAUUCAAGUUUAAAAUCAGGCUUUUGGAGAAAUAAUUACACUGUAAAUUAAACUUUUAUUUAUCUUUGCUAAAUAUAGUAAGAAAAUUGUCAAGGAGGUUCUUAAACGGGAAAUUAUCUUUGUUCAGAAGGUUAUAUCGGACCUUAGUGUCUAAUUUGCGAUAGAAAAGGAGUAUUUUGGAAUUAGUCUUUUGGUUAAUCUGGGACGUUUUAGUGUAACUUAUGCGGAAACAAAAAAGACAACACAAUCAAGAUUAUUUUAACCUUUAUUACAUUCUACUUUAUAAUUGUUAUUCUAAUUUACAGCAAUUUUAAAAGUUUAAAGAAUAUGCUUUUUGCCAAUUAUUUAUCUAAAAUGAAUAUAAUUUAUAUAGGAAAUAGUGUUUAAAUGUAAGGAGAAACAUCGGUGUUAAUAAAAACUUUGAUGUUUAACUUUUCUAUAUACCAAGUAUCUAAUUUUAUUUCUUAGAAAAAUUUGCUGGAUUAUCUAUCAUUUUUCUCAUCUAAUCCAAUUGAUGCUUAAUUUAUUUCUAUCGAUUGUUUUUUAAAUGACUUCUUACCCUCUGAUUAUAAUAUAGGAGUUACUAAGCUUGCUUUAUGCAUUUUAAUACCUACUAUAGUGUUAGCUUCGAUUGUUAUAGUUUUACUUAUUCUUAAGUUAUUCAAAAUAUUGCCUUUAAAAACUAUUUUCAGUAUAAGCUUAAUGGCAUAUAUAUAUUUAUUUGUUUUCUCAUUCUUUACAACUACCUUAGAGUAUUCUCUAGAAGCUUUUAAGUGCAUCUAACUUGAGUUUGACUAGUCUUAUCUUAUGAUAGAUCUCUCAUUAAAUUGUAAUAAAAAUAGUAACUCAGACAUAGAUAAAAUAAAAGCAAUUGGAUUAAUAAUUUUUAUCUUAUUUUGCAUCAUUAGCCCUUUUUUAAUAUUUUUAAUAUGCUUUAUGGAAAGAAAAAGGUUAAAUAAAGUUCAAGUAUUUUUAAAAUAUGGUUUCUUAUUUAGAGAAUAUAAGAAAAAAUUUUAUUUGUGGGAAGUUGCAAGACUUAUGCUAAAAAUAUCAAUAGUAUCUAUUAAAGUGAUAUUUAUAAAUUCUUCUGUUAUCUUAGUUACUUUGUAUUCUAUUUGCUUAGUAAUUUAUUUAGGAGUAUUCUUUUAAUUUUAGCCUUUUAUGAGUAAAAAGUUCAAUAGAUUAGAAAUUUUAACUAUAAUAGUAGCAAUAAUAAAUAUUCUCAGUUCUUCACUCCUCAGAUAAUCUAAGCUUUAAAAUAAUGGAGAGUAUGAUACAUAAUAAAGCUUUUCUCAGAUAUUAUAUUACUUCUCUCAAACAAUUUAAUUUAUUUAUUUCUCGAUCUUAAUAGUUCUUAUAGUUAUUUCAUUUUUUUCUAAUAAGAUCAAAAGACUUUAGAAAUACAGAGCCUUCUCUUGUUUAUCUUACUACUUUCCUAUCUACCCUUACAGAUUAUUUUAAAACUAUAAAAAAUUAAGAGAAAAAGUUAUAUCUAAGAGUUAUAAAAUUGCUUUACAAAGUGAAUUUUUACCAUUAAAAUCAAACGUUCAAAUGUAAGACUUGAGUUUAGAAAAAUAUGUCUAAAGUGAGAUCCUUAUUUUUAAAAGUGAAUGA